AUGGCGAAGAUCUCCCCUAUCUCCAUGUCUAAUCAAUCUACCAUCUCUGAGUUCAUCCUCAUUGGAUUCCCAGGUCUCCAGCAGAAAUUCCACAUUCCGGUCUCCGUUACAAUGUUUCUUGUCUACUGUGUCUCACUGGUGGCCAAUAGCUCCGUUAUCAUAUUAGUCCUUCAGAAAGAGCAACUUCACCAGCCCAUGUACAUUAUAAUCAGGCACCUCGCUCUCUCUGACCUUCUCUUUGACACCAUAACAUUACCCAAAAUCAUUGCCAAAUAUUGGUUCGGAGCAGGGUCUAUAACAUUCUAUGGCUGCUUCUUCCAACUCUUCUGUGUCCAUAACCUUGGAAGUCUUGACUCCUUCAUCAUUAUGCUGAUGGCUAUUGACCGUUAUGUUGCUAUCUGCCAACCCCUCAGGUAUCACUCCAUUAUCAGCAAUAAGACUGUGACUCUCCUCUGCUACUUUUUAUGGGCCGCUGCUGCCCUAAUUGGGUCCAUUGUUGCAGCCAUAACUGGCCAACUCCCUUACUGUGGGCCCAACCGAGUCAAGAACUGUUUCUGCGUCAACUCAGCUGUUGCGGCGUUGGCGUGUGUAGAUGUUACAUUGGCCAGACGGACAGUAUUUACCCUUGCCAUGUGUGUGCUCCUCCUGCCAUUGGCCUUUAUUAUACUCUCAUAUGUUCUCAUAAUCCGGGUCAUACACUCAUCAUCUAACACCGAGAACUCAUGGAAGGCAUUUUACACCUGUAGCACUCAUUUAAUGGUCAUUGGCCUGUAUUAUAUCCCCAGGGUGUUUGUAUAUAGUACAGGUCAGAUCCCUUUGACCCUCGAUGCUGAUAUCAACGUCCUACUUCUCUGUCUCUACACAUUUAUCCCCCAUUUAUCCAGCCCCGUUAUAUAUUGUCUUAGAACCAAAGAUAUUAGAAACAUUUUUGCACAAAGUUUCGACAAUAUAUUUCAUGCAAAAAUCUAGAUCUAGAACCCUGAAGUAAGUAGGGUCGAUUUUAGACUGGUUUAUUGGUUGAAAUUAGAAAUGGUCGUUG